ACUUGAAAUUAGUAAGAAAAACUAAUUCUACUAUGACUCAAUUAACCUGGGUGUUUGACAAAUUAAGAAAACAUAUAUAAAUUGGAGUCACCAUCAGAUGAGCAAUAACUAACGUCUUUUCUCAUCCCCUGUUAAGCUAACCGCUGCUAAUAUGCAGAGCCACGAUGAUCAUGUACGAAAUUUAUUUAUCAAUCAGAAUGGCAAGAUCGUUGUCAAAUUCGAUAAUGACCCAGCCAAGGACGCAACCACUGAAAUCUCGGCAUACUGUUACUGAAUCUUGUAGAUGCAGAAACCAUUGUUGGGAUCAUAGUUGCAUUUCAUUGAGCACUUCACAGGUUCGUAAGUCGAGAGGGAAUAGAAGUUGGGGAAGGCGCUCGGCGAGAAUGGAUAGCGAGGGGAAGGGGGAAGAUGGGGACGGCGGCGGGAAUGGAUUGCAAGAGGAACCGUACUGGUUCGAUGUCGGCGGCGGGAAGAUUAGCGUAUUGUGAGAAGAGGUUUGUGGUUUUGGACCGCAACCGUGCGGUUUCGGUCAACCCGUAUCGCAAAACCGCAAACCAUUUAAGAAUUAUACCGCAAUUGAAACUGCAAUAUUAAUGGUGCGGUUUGGAUUGACCGCAUAAGCGAUUUGGAGUGGGCGGAACGGUUUGGACCGCACCAACGCCCACCCCUAGCCUGAACUUCAACAACCCUCGAGUCUACUAUUUCCCCCUUGUCCUGCAUAGCUGCAACCACUUCCCCUUAUUCUAUUUCCACUUUUGGAUCAGGUAGACUACCUCCUCUUGCUACUUCAAAGCAUUACAAUCGUGUCCAAAAUGAUGACACUUAACACACACUAAUGGCUUAUUGUAGUAAUCCAGUUGCAGAUGAAAGGUUGGUCGAUGAUCAGGCACAAGCUUUACAGAAUCAUGGAACUCCAUAUCGACAUUCAUUUCAACGCAGAUUUUUGGGUAUCCUAGCCUUAUUCCCAUUCUGGUUGAUUGAUUAAACCAUAAAGGCUUUCCAAUCAUACUAGCAAGCCUAGUCAAAAUUCUCCCUUUUGUGUAUUUCAGCAGUAAAUCGAUCACCUUUACCCAAAUUUGUACCUCUGCCCUAGGUUUUUCCGGAUAUAGCACAUAUCAUUGUUGAGUUGCCAGGGACCGCUUGUAAAGACCCAAUGUGCGGAGGAUUCACUAGGAAAUUGAAAUAGAAGUAGUCUCUUACCCAGCCCCGAAACCCUAACGCCACCAUCUAUGCUCUAGAGCUUCUUCGCCCAAGCUUGAACUUGCUGAAUGUGAGGGAACCUAAGAGGAAGAGACGACAGACAUAGAAGGCUGGUCUUUUAACUAGACGAGUAAGCAAAAAUCCUUUGUAAGAAGCUGGAUUGAGUUCGUUCAAGCUAGAUCUAGAUUGAAGGGGUGUAGGAAAGGGAAGGAGUGAAGAACUGAGAAGUGGGUUUUGGUGGGUGGUAAUGAAUGUAUUGAUAUACAGCUGAGAUUUUGUAGGGGAUGAAGGUGAUGGCAAAAUAUUUGAGGCUACCGUUGAACUCGAGGCUAGGAAGAAAGAAAAGAAAACUAAGCACCUCAUUAGAGGAUUUGAAACUUUGAGGGUACCACCAUUGAUGAUGAAAUCAUCUUCUUAGUUAUAGACUCUCCUAUGCAAGCUAACCUCUUACUCGAGUAUAGUAUAGAGGUUUUUGUGUGAUUGUGCAACCUUUCCAAACUAAUGAGCCCGGCCCUAUAUUUAUAGGUGAAGAACUCGGAUUAAAAAGUCCUACACCGAAUAUGAAAGAGUCUCCUUCUCAUUGUGGACUAAGCAAACAUCCCCAACAAGGUUAGGUGUUAUAUCCCAACUGGCAUCGUUCCUUCGAAUACAGCGUUAAAUCGUUC